AUGAAUCCUUGUGUUUUUUUAAUUUUCUCACUUCUCUUGCUAAAUGCUGAGACUACAACUUCCAACCAAUUGGGAGGAGGAGAUGAAAAUGGUGUUAUUAUGAGAAAGUGUUCUGAUAAGGAGAGACAUGCUCUCCUUGAUUUCAAAGCUCGCCUCCAAGACCCCGAUGAAACUCUCUCUACAUGGAGAGCUGAAGAAGAAGAUUAUUGUAAAUGGAGAGGAGUCAAAUGCAACAACCAAACACAUCAUGUCACAGGGCUUGAUGUUGAAGGACUUGGUCUUGUAGGUGAGAUUAGCAAUUCUUUGCUUAAUUUAAGCAGUUUGAAUCAUCUUGAUCUUUCCUACAAUUCUUUUAAUGGAACCAUUUCCACCUUCAUUGGUACCAUGACUCGUUUAAGGCACCUUGACCUUGGUUGGAAUCAGUUUAAUGGAAUCAUUCCCAGGACCAUUGGUUCCAUGACUCGUUUAAGGUACCUUGACCUUCGUUUCAAUCAUUUUAAUGGAAUGAUUCCUAGGUCCAUUGGUUCCUUGACAGAAUUAAGAGUUGAGAACCUCGACUGGUUGUCUCAUCUCUCUCAUUUGGAGUCACUUGAAAUGGAUGGGAUUUCUCUAGCCAAACAAAAUUAUUGGGUAGAUGUGAUUCUGAGUCUCCCAAAACUAUCUUCUUUAAGCUUAACAGGAUGUGAGCUGUCACAGGUCAUGUAUCCAUAUUCUUCUUCAUUUCUCAACUCUUCUUCAUCUAUAAAAACCCUUUUUCUUGGAAACAACAAUCUCAACUCAUCCAUGUAUGGUUGGUUGUUCCCAUUAACCAGCAAUAAGCUUCGCAUUCUUGAUCUCUCUGACAACAUGUUAGAUGGGAUUCCCAAAUAUCUUGGUAACCUCUGUAGUUUGCAAAUUUUGAGUUUCGAUAACAACUCUCUUGUUGUCAAUUUUCCUGAUUUUCUCAACAACUUGUCAUCUGGAUGCACAUCGCUUACAUUACAAAAGUUGCUUGUUGGACAUAACCGAUUUAUAGGGACACUCUCCAAUGAGAUCCUAACAUUCAAAAAUCUGGCCACUCUAGAUAUGAGAUCUUGCAAUCUAGGGCCUCACUUCCCCAGAUGGAUUCAAACUCUGAAAAAUCUUACAUUUCUUGAUAUUGUCAAUAAUGGAAUUUCAGGCACAAUUCCUCUGGGGUUUUGGGACAUGUGGCCUUCUCAAUUAACACAUCUGAAUCUCUCUUCCAACAACAUCAGUGGGAAAGUACCAGACUUAUCUUCAAAUUUUGGCAACAAUUCUAGGAUAGAUUUGAGUUCCAACAGAUUUUAUGGUCCAAUAACAAAUAUCUCUUCAACUGUGGCAUUACUAAAUCUUUCUAGAAACAAAUUCUCUGGAGGAAUCUCCUUCAUAUGCCAAUUUGUCGAUGGGUUUUUACAAUUUCUUGACCUCUCCCAUAAUGUUCUAAGCGGACAGCUUCCAGACUGUUUGUGGCGUUUAAAAGAACUAAAAAUUCUUAAUCUAGAAGACAACAAUCUAUCUGGAAGGCUUCCUACCUCUUUUGGAUCUUUGAUUAAACUCGAGUCAUUGGAUUUGUACAAGAACAAUUUCUCCGGAGAAUUGCCUCUGUCUCUAAAGAGUUGCACGAGCUUAAACUCAUUGAAUUUGGAGGCCAACAAGUUUUCUGGAAAUGUGCCUGUUUGGAUUGGGGAAAAUUUAUCAAGGUUGUAUGUUCUUACCCUAAGAUCAAACUCAUUCUUUGGAACCAUCCCUUUACAGUUAUGUCAGUUGACUAAUCUUCAAAUUCUGGAUUUGUCAAUGAACAAUCUCCAUGGAACCAUCCCCUCGUGUUUGGAUAAUCUUACAAGAAUGGCUCAAGCAGUCUUUCUGCGUGCGUCUUCUUUUUGCCUUCUCGCCCAAAUCUUUGUUCCAAUCGGCUACAGUUUUCUGGCAACUUUUGCUGAAUUAGAUGAUGGACAAUCCUUACCAAGUUUUCUGAAAAGUACACAGCCAAUAUUGGCCCGUGGAAGUCAAAAGAUAAGGUAGAGAAGUCAGAAAGUUGAAUGGUAAUUCAGGAUUUCCUUUUUUGCAUCUUUCAAGCCGAUACUCCUUCAAAUUCAAAGACACAGAUGUUGGUUGUUAUUUAAAAUAACAUUAUCAAAGUGUGUUGUUUUAAAUAGGUGUAGCUGACGUCCGCCUGUUACCUCUUUUUAAUUUAGAGCUACCGAUGACGAUCAAUUAGAAGUCGCUCAUUAUGCAUUAUUGGGUCAAUAUUGUUUUUAUGUUACAUUAUAAGUCCAACACCAUUCCUUUUAUGAAAUUGCUUUCCAUAUUCUACCACCACAAUG